CUCUAGCGACAUAAAGCUAUGCAAACAUGGGGAGGAGGUCCCUGAUUUCUAUUCUCUCUCUGUCUCUCUCUUUUGCAGCCAAUAAUGAACGUCUGCCCCUUUUGAACUGCAGAUGAUAUUGUCUGACUGGAAACAAAGGUAUAAAUAACGUAAGGGGCAGGCAGAGGAGAAACAGCAUACUUUCUAGCUGGCUUAAUUUAACAGCAGAACAGCAGGUGUAGGAGCAGUUAAGGCAGCCCCAGUGCUGUCUGAUAAUAUUUUCCCCCAUGGCUUGCUUAGACAAAUGCCAUUGUUCUGUGGAUAACAGGAAGCAUGGAAGCAUUUUAUAUAACAUUCUAAAAAAUGAAGAGCAAAAGGAAUCGCAGAACAGCAAAUCAAGGAAAGAAGAACACACUGGGGUAUAUGGACAGGGAUGCUCCUGUGGUUCACAGAAGAAGGUCAGUUUGAAAAGCCCCCAGGUUACAUGCAAAGCAGCAUCAGCAGUGCUGGUAAAGACUCUGAGGUUUGUCAAGAAUGUGCCAUGCUUUCAGGAGCUCCCUUUGGAUGACCAACUGGUACUGGUCAGGAAUUGCUGGGCUCCUCUGCUAGUGCUGGGUCUUGCACAGGACAAAGUCAAUUUUGAGACUGUGGAGACAGCAGAGCCCAGUAUGUUACAAAGGAUAUUAACAAACAAACAGGAAGAAGAAGAGAGAAAGCAGCAACAGGAACAUAGAGAAACUCUCAUAGGAAGUAAUCAACAGCAUCAACACAGGCUCCCACAGCUACCCUCAGCUGCUGAGAUCAGGUGGAUCAAAGAAUUCCUAGACAAAUGUUGGAGCUUGGAUAUAAGCACCAAGGAAUAUGCUUACCUUAAAGGGAUUGUCCUUUUUAAUCCAGGUAACGAAAACGUGUGUGUGUGUGUGUGUGUGUAUAUAUAUAUCCUGCAAUGUUUUACACAUAACUUUCUUUUUUAUUGAUUUAAAGUUUGCUGCAUUAUUGACAUUUGAAUCCAUCAUGUAUGUGUGCAAUGAUGCUUAUAUUAUACAGGGGCCAGCAUUGAAUUGUAUCUCUACACUUACUUUCUAAGAAAACAUCCAACGAUGCUAUAAAACGACAUGAAUGUGAACAUUGUUAUGAUUAUGUCAAUUCCAAACAUAUCUUUGGAAAUACAUUUGGUAUAUAAGUUAUUUAUUGUCCGAUCUCCUCUAAUCUCCGCAUAAACCUGUCAUUGAUAAGAUCAAACGGUAGUGUUUACCAAAUAGGAAGCAGGUAGUAGGUACAAGAUCAUGAGAAAGGUGUAAUAUCAGCUGUCAUGGUGUUUUCCAGAAUCUUUGCCCUAAUAAAUAUUGUAAUGAAUAAAUACUAUCUUAGGGGAUUGCCCUCACUGUUUACUAUCUUUUUUAAAUAUAAGGAGCCGAAACAACAAAACAUGGGAAACAGUUGUAUAAUCUAAAAGAGAACACAAAGCAAAAAAAUAGUUGCGCUAUAUGUGCGCUAAUAAUUAUAGCACUCACAAAUUCAAAGAUUUAAAAGCAUUCAAAGGGUGCCUCCCCCGAUGGUAUUGGGGGGCUGUAAACCCACGCCUCGUUCCGUGUAUACUCCUUUAAGAACAGGAAUCCAGAAGAAGCACCAAUACAAUUAAAAACAGAGGUUGGUUCUACACGUUUCGUCCAAAUACACUUGGACUUCCUCAGGAACGUAAAAUCAAUCUGUAUAACAGUAGCAUGCAAAAUGACAUACAAGAAUAAAUAUUUAAUGUUCUUAAAAUAUAAAGCAGCUGGUGCUUGAAGACAUUGUGAAAAAUUUAGAUUUAAUAAAAACUUUACGUUAGAUAGUGGCAUAGUUUUACUUUUAGCACACACAUGCUCACAUUUUGUUCUUGCAUACAUUAUUAGUAUUUAUUCUAUUAUCUUAGUAGAUUUAGAUUUUUGACAAAUCUGUUACCUCUUUACUCUUAGUUCCAUGUGCUUACUUCCAUCCACACUGACUGCUAAAUGAACCAACCUGUAUACAGUAUGCCAUCAUAACCCAUUCCAUAUGGUAUUACACUCGGUAACUGCUUCAUUGGAGCCUUGUACAUUAGUAAAAAUAUACAUAUCAUUACUUUUUCUAUUUCUUGCACAUAGUGAAAAUAUACUGAAAUAUGUUGUACGACUGUCAAUCAUUUAUUUAGUAUUAUUCCAUUCCUGAAACUUGCAUGUGGUAUGUGUCAGGUAUGAUAUAAUUAUUACUAAUUAAUUAACUUUCAUAAAUGAUACUUAUAUUAUAUUUGUUUUAUACAAUGCGGCUCAUUAUGGGUUUUCUUUCCCUACAGAUUUACCAGAUCUUCAUUGCACCCAGUACAUUCAAGGAUUACAACAGGAAGCAGAACAAGCCUUAAACGAGCACGUGAAGCUUAUUCAUAGAUGGGAACAGACCCGGUUUACUAAGUUGAUUAUCGUUCUAUCCUUGCUGAGAUCAAUCAAUGGCAACUCUAUUGCGGAACUCUUUUUUAGACCCAUCAUUGGUUCGGUCAAUAUGGAAGAUAUGCUUCUGGAGAUGCUUGGGGCAAAAAUAUGACUUUACAAUAAAACAAACUAUAAACUACACUGAUACAUAAAUUCAUAGGAAAUGUAAAUAAUAAAGCAAACUAGACAGCAGUAAAAUGUUCAAGGUCUUAUUCAUAAAAGCGGAAAACCUUUAUAACUGACGAUCAUAGGAGAAAAGAUAUGCACACUUUGACUAGCUUUCCCAGCUUUCAACUUGCCACAAUUUAGUACAUUGUAACUAUAACUGUUUCAUUGUUAAUAUUUUGAAAAGCAAUUAUUUUCAUGUAGUGUUUUGAGUUUUUCUAAUGGGUUAUAAUUAGCCGGGUGAAUGGGAUGGUAUGUUUGGUAGCAUCACAGACACUCAAAAUAAAUGCAAAGUGCACUAAGACCAGCCUUUCCAAGAUAGUACAUUGCUUGGUGAUCUUGGUAAAGGUUGUGUAAAUAUUAUAAAUAUUUAAAUUUAUGUCAUACCACUUCACACUAGUGAGUUGUGUAUUUUAGCCUAAUAGGUUUCUUUAUUGCACUAAUUUGUUUGAACAACUUGCUACUUAAUCCCUUUUUAAUACUGUCAGUCUUUCUGAAAUUCACGCCAGGGCUACCACAACAUCAGUUAUACUGUUUUAUUUAUUUAUUAACCUGUAUAGUCUGUGGCAUGGAUACUCAACCUUCAGGACUCCAGAUGUGGACUAAAUCUCCAACAAUGCUCUUAAAGACAUAAUGUGGGGAAAUCAUCAUGGGGAAUGUAGUCCACAACAUCUGAAGUGCCAAAUGUUGCCUACCCCGGUAUCGGAUCAGUAUUAGAAUUAGUUAGAUCUAAUGGAAGACACCUUAAUUUGUGUUAAGGCUUAUUCUACAUUAUUUAAUCUGACAAAUGUCUACUUUAAAGACUACGUAUAUAAGCUACAGAUUUUUAUAUAGUCUACUGUGUAUGAUAAGUCAUUGUGUUUUGUAAAAAAAAAAAAUGUGCCCUCAAACACUUUUUAGUUUAAGUAGAAUCUAUAUUCACUACUCCAUAAAUUGCAGAUAUUCCUAUGAUUAUUAAUAAAGGCAAUAGACUGGAAAAUUAUUUGAUUUUCCUAAGAUGUAAAAAACGAUGGGUGUUAUGUAUAACCUCUUCAGGACCGAUGAUAUGGUAAUAUUGUCAUGAUAACUAACGAGGGUCACUUUAUGGUAUAAAGAGGAAAGCAAGUGCUAAAUGCUUUGCUCUUUCCUAUAGAUUUACAAAUAAGCGUUCCAAUUUUUUAAUUUUGACUCUAGAAUCACAGUGAUAACCUUUAUGCCUUUAUGUUUAGCAUCAGGAAUUCUUUGGAAAUUGUGGUGAAAUAAAAAAAAAAAAAAUAAACAUAUAUACUCACAUCCCUCAAUUAAUUUUUUCCACUGUAGGCAUGACUUAGCAACAUGUGGAGAGGUCACAAAGUAGGUCAGAAAACUCUAACUCUUUGUUUUUCAAGUGCACAAGCCAGAAUAUGUGAGUCAGCAUAAUUUUUACAUUUCCCUUAAAUAUAGUUACAAAAUAGUUUUUCAUGGUAUUAACCAGUUGUGUGGACAUCUGAUUUAUUUUGUUAUUAAACUUAUUCUCUACAACCUGGCCUGUUAAUUCUAGUUAGCAGAAAACUCUCUGUGAGAUGUUAUUGCCUACCUAUGUCCUAUUUUAAAUGCAAACCUUAUCAAACUGUUUGAGCUAUCGUGUUGUAAAGUAUUGUAUCAUAUGUAACUUAUUGUUUUUACAAACACAAUAUUUUUAUAUUCUAUAAUAAAGAGUAUUCUUGAAAGUAUCUCUA